CCUCUGAAAGAAGGAUCGAAGGAAAAAAAAAAGGAACACUUUAUUUUUUUGUUCGUUCUUCUCUUCCUUCUUCCUUCUUCUUCCUCUACAUUCCUAACCCCCUCGGCUUUGCCCUAGAUUUUCUCCGCCAUCGUAAUCCUUCAUCGAUUGCCUUCGAAUUCCUUUGCACGUAUCUAGGGUUUCCAUGGAUUCCGAGGACGAUAUGCACGAUGCCAACGAUGUGGAGUCACUCGACGAAGAUUUCUACAGUGGCGAGACCGAAGAAGCUCCCAUGGAUUACAAUGACUACGAUGACGAUGCCGAUGACUACUUCGACGAUGCUGAUGAUUCUGAUAGGAUUGAGUCUCGCCGCCCUGAGCAAAAUUUUACCAUAUUGAAGGAAUCGGAUAUUCAGCAAAGGCAGGAAGAUGACAUCACUAGAGUGGCAACCGUUCUUUCAAUAUCACGAGUUGCUGCAAGUAUCCUGCUUCGUCAUUACAAUUGGAGUGUUAGUAAAGUGCACGAUGCCUGGUUUGCUGACGAAGAUCGAGUCCGUAAAACAGUUGGUUUGUUGGAGAAGCCAGUUGUCCAGCAUCCUAAUCCUAGAGAGAUAACUUGUGGCAUCUGUUUUGAAACGUAUCCUCGUACCAAGAUUCAAACUGCUACUUGUGGCCAUCCUUAUUGUUUUUCUUGCUGGGCAGGAUAUAUUAGCACAUCUAUUAAUGAUGGUCCUGGAUGUUUGAUGCUGAGAUGUCCCGAUCCCACUUGUGGCGCUGCUGUUGAUCAAGACAUGAUUAAUCUCUUAGCACCUGAUGAAGAUAAAGAAAAGUAUGCCCGUUACCUUCUUAGGUCAUAUAUUGAAGACAAUAAGAAGACCAAGUGGUGUCCUGCUCCAGGCUGUGAAUAUGCUGUCAAUUUUGACGCUGGCAGUGGAAAUUAUGAUGUAUCUUGCCUCUGUUCAUAUAGCUUUUGCUGGAAUUGCACAGAGGAGGCUCAUCGUCCAGUUGAUUGUGGCACUGUGUCAAAGUGGAUUCUGAAAAAUAGUGCAGAAUCUGAAAACAUGAACUGGAUACUUGCUAACUCAAAGCCAUGUCCGAAGUGCAAGCGACCAAUUGAAAAAAAUCAAGGGUGCAUGCACAUGACGUGUACUCCGCCUUGUAAAUUUGAAUUUUGCUGGCUAUGCCUCGGUGCAUGGUCAGAUCAUGGUGAAAGGACUGGGGGUUUUUAUGCUUGCAAUCGAUAUGAGGCAGCAAAACAAGAGGGAGUGUAUGAUGAAACUGAAAGAAGAAGAGAAAUGGCAAAGAAUUCAUUGGAGAGGUACACGCAUUAUUAUGAGCGAUGGGCCAGCAAUCAAUCCUCGAGGCAAAAAGCUCUUGCAGAUCUACACCAGAUGCAAACUGUUCAUAUUGAAAAGCUUAGUGACACACAAUGCCAGCCGGAGUCACAGCUUAAGUUCAUAACUGAGGCCUGGCUACAGAUAGUUGAAUGCCGACGGGUGCUGAAGUGGACGUAUGCAUAUGGAUAUUACUUGCCUGAGCAUGAACAUGCUAAAAAACAGUUUUUUGAGUACUUGCAAGGUGAGGCAGAAUCUGGUUUGGAGCGACUUCAUCAAUGUGCUGAAAAGGAACUACAGUUGUUCCUUAAUACUGAUGGCCCAUCUAAAGAAUUCAAUGACUUCCGCACAAAACUAGCUGGAUUAACCAGUGUAACUAGAAACUACUUUGAGAAUUUGGUUAGGGCUUUAGAGAAUGGUUUAUCUGAUGUGGAUAGUAAUGGAGCUGCUUCAAGCAAAGCGACAAACUCUAAAAAUGCCGCAGGGAGCAGCAAGGGGAGAGGUGGAAGAGGAAAGGGAACUCUUCGGGCGAGCAUGGCUAGUAGUAGAAUGACAGACGAUAAUCAUUGGUCCUGUGAGCAAUGUACCUAUGCAAAUGCGAAAUCUGCCACCACGUGCCAGAUCUGCAACCAACAGCGCCGGUGAAAAUUCCGGCCUGCCUUUAGAAACCCCUGUACAUCUUGUAGACAAGGCCAAGGCACCAAUUUACUUCUCCUAGUUAUCAUAUGGUGGAUGCAUUUUGCAAGUCUAUUUAAUGUGAACAGGAUGUUGGGGGGUGUCACUCAAAAAAAGAUUCCUCCAUUCACUCCUAAUUUGAAUACCUACCAAUUUGAUGUAUAUAGUGUCUUUAUCCUAAAAUUCACGUUUGGCCUUAUGGCGUUUAUGCUACAGGCUUAUGUAACUGAAUAUAUACAACACAUGAUAAACACAAAUGUACUUGUUUGUGUGUC